ACUUCCGGCGGCAGCAUGGCGGGCGGCGUGGAGCUGGGUUUUGCGGCGGCCGUGGAGCCGGCCGAGGCCUGGCGACUGCGCAGCCCCUAUUUCCCCAGUAAGGUCGGGGGGCGGCCGGCGUGGCUGGGCGAGGCAGGGCUGCCGGGCCCCGCCGCUCUGCGCUGCGGGCGUUGCCAGCAGCCUUGCGCCUUCCUCCUCCAGCUGUACGCUCCGCUGCGCGACCGCUCUGACGCCUUCCACCGCACUCUCUUCGUCUUCGCCUGCCGUGGCGCCGCUUGCUACCGUCUCGCGGGCCCGCAGGGGCCCCUCUGUGUGUUCCGGAACCAGCUGCCGCGGCGGAACAGCAUCUACCCCGAGGAGCCGCCCCCCGAGGAACCGCCCCCGGAGCUUGCCGCCGCCGGCCCUCCCCGCAAGCUCCGCUGCGGCGCCGCUCUCUGUCGCGUCUGUGGCUGCCUGGGGCCGCACAGGUGCGGGCGCUGCCGCCGCGUCGCCUACUGCGGCCCAGAGCACCAGGCGCUGGACUGGCGGCGGGGGCACCGACGCUCCUGCGAGCAGCACGCCGCCAGCGAAGAUGGCUCAACAGAUGCAAUUCCAGAGCAUAAUGAAUUCCUUUUUCCAGAAUAUGAAAUUUUGAUAGAACCUGAGGAACCAGAAUUGAUUGCUGACAGCACUGUAAAUCCCAAUUAUGAACAAGGAGCUGUAGAGACAUCAAAGGACCUGAAAGAACAAGAGGAAUUCCGUGUCACAAGCACUGCAGGUGAAGCAUGUCGAUCUUUAGAUGAAGAGACACUGGAAGCUAUGGCAAAACAUGAGACUGAAGAUGACAAGAUUUUCCAGAGGUUUAAAGAACGAAUAGCUGUUGAACCAGAGCAGAUUAUUAGAUAUUGCAGAGAAGGAGAAGGCCCAAUCUGGGUAUCAGGUGAAAAUAUACCUGAAGAAAAAGAUAUCCCAAAUUGCUUAUGUGGUGCCAAAAGGAUUUUUGAAUUCCAGAUUAUGCCACAGCUCCUGAACCACCUUCAGGUUGACAGCCUUGGAGAGAGCAUUGACUGGGGAACGCUGGUGGUGUACACCUGUGCUAACAACUGCGGUGAGGAACAUACAUACAUGCAGGAGUUCAUAUGGAAACAAGACUUCUCUGCAGGUUCUGUUUGCCUUCCCUCAGGUUAUGAAGCCAGAUCUUCUAAAUAGAAUACUUGCCUUGUUUCAGUGCAUCUGUGCUUUGCAGACAGAUUGAACUACAGUCGCUGAUGGCUGUGGAUCUUUUGACUGAUAGAAACUAAAAGUAAGACCUUAACAGCCUCUCUCUUGCACUCCACAAGAGCUUUUACUUCAACCUAGUGAUGAAGCCAGAUGCAUUUGUUCAGUGAGUUUAAGUAAGUUCAAAUCUCAGUUCUGAACAUUUAAAUAAAGAUGAAAUAUUUUUGGAUU